AUGAAUGAAUAUGGGAGAUACUUUGUGGCUAAUUAUGGAGACGAGCCUCAGUUUGUGGAGAAUGCUGAUAAUAUAGAUGAAGAAUAUGUUCCAUCGUCUGAAGCUGAGAUUGAUACAAGCGCCUCUGAAGACUUGUCGAAGCCAGAGAACUUGAGAAUGGCAGGGAUUGAAUAUGCAGCGGCACUUGUGGAUAUUGAAGAUUAUCAGCUACUAUCUCGGGAGUUGUCAAAGAAUUCUUAUUUUAAUAGCAAAGAUGAUCUUAUCGUUGCAAUCGGUCUGUGGAACAUGAAGCAGGGCAAGGAAUAUUCUAUCACCAAAUCAGACAGCAGACGAAUUUACUUCAAAUGCAAGCAUUCAGAUAAGUGCCCCUUCAAGCUCAGUGCAUCGUCUCAAGAUGGAUCCAUUUGGGGUGUGUAUAAGUUUACCAAUGAGCACUCAUGCGACGGUGAUCUAGGGCGCGUAAAGCGAAUAAAGGCCCCCACAAAAGUCGUUGCAGCAUAUUUAGCACAGAAAAUACAUGACGAUUGUGAGAUCUUGAAGCCGAAGGCCAUCCAGCUGGAGCUGCAACGUGAGUUUGGUGUACACAUCAAGUACGAUGUUGCAUUGCGAGCCCGUAAUCGAGCGACUGAGAUGGUUUAUGGUCGACAUGAUCAAUCCUUCAAGAUGCUGCCUAAGUAUUUAUACAUGUUGAGACAAUCCAAUCCCGGUUCGUUGGUGGAGUGGGAAGUUAACCCUGAUGGCCAAUUCAAACACUUAUUUGUUGCUCUUGCAGCUUCGGCUAGUUAUUUCAUGUUCAACUUACGGCCAGUGAUUGUAGUCGACGGCACACACUUGAAGGGCAAGAAUAGGGGUAUUCUGUUUGUUGCAGUGACCAAGGACGGCAACGAGAGUUUAUUCCCACUCGCGUAUGGUGUUGGCCCGAAAGAGAACGAUGAAUCGUAG